ACCAUAGAUUAACUAAGUAUUACACCCAGCUUGACAAGGAAAACCGUCCGUAAAACAUCUUCUAUCUCGAGUUGAAGGUGUCACAUCCGAAGGUGAAAAGAGGAAUUGAAAGUCCCCUAACCUUAAUUUAAAAACAUUUUUCGAUUGCAAAUGUAAAACAAUAUCACAACAAUAUCUUACUCUCAACUCAGCCGCGAUGAUUCUUCUAUGGGGCCCCACUACAGCACUUCGCCUUUAUAGAAACCGAUUUAAUAACGUUUUCUCGCUUGUCUCUCUCUAUUCGGCUAGAAGAUACAGUAAAAAUACUCUAACUCCUUCAGGAAGUUCACAAAAGUUUCAAGUAGACACAAAUGUGAAACCUUUGUCCGAAAAGGUUAAGGAAACUACCAAGACAACUUCAUAUUUUGCUAUAAUAUUAGUUGGUCUUGGAAUAACUGGAGGAUUAGUUUACACUGUUUUUAAUGAGUUAUUUUCCGGUAAAAGUCCUAAUAAUAUUUAUUCGAAGGCAGCCACGAGGUGUAUUGAGUUCCCACAGGUCUCAGACAAAUUGGGGUAUCCAAUAAGUGCCUUUGGGGAAGAAACAAGACGAGGUAGGAGACAACAUGUAAGUCAUGGCUUUUACCUGGACAAAGAGGGUCAUAAACAUAUUAGAAUGAAAUUUCACUUAAAAGGCACUGCACACUCUGGUACUGCCCACUUAGAUAUGGUAGAGACCGACUCAGGAAACUAUGAGUACCGAUUCCUAUUCGUGGAAGUGGACGAUAUGUUUAAAACUGUUAUUGUAAUCGAAGACAACCGGAAUAAGAUGCGUUCUAGCAUCCAAUCUUCCGACUUUGACCUGCAGCUUUAAAUAAAUGAAACUGUUUUUCUAGGAAUUACUUAUUUAUUUUCUAUCCUUGUAAAAAAGAACCAAAUUGUUCAUAAAUAUGUAACUUUCUAUUUUAGAUACUAGCCACGCUGUUAUGAUGUAAAUAGCUAUAUAUUGGAUCCAUGCAAAUUUGCAUACCUGCCAUAGGUUUGGCGUGUAAUAUAUUUUGUGUUUGGGAUAUUUGAGAUUUAGAUUAAGUCCAAAAGAUGUGGCUUUGACUGAACCAUACGUUGUUAUCGGAUUUGUGAGGGUAGUUUUUACUAAAAUAAAGAAUCAAAUGAAAGCAAUUCUA